CAGCUCCGGCGGGGCCGCGUUUCCGGAGCGGGAAAGUGAUUAAGUCUAGCACUGGUUUGGAGAAUGCGGUUUGCAGAGUGGGGCGGAACCCUGUCCGGCGAGGGUCUGCUUUUAGGAGGGUAGGCUGCUGAGGGUCUACGCGGAGAGCGAAAUCUCAGCGUCAACAGGCACCGUCACGAUGACUGUUGACCGGUUGGAGAGGUGUGCCGGGAACUCCGCACCAACUCAUCUGUCAACAGAUUAUUUACUGGCUGUCCACUCCGUGCCCCGUGUGCAAGGCUGGGGAACAUGGACAGGAAGAUGCCACCCAAGCGUAUAACUAAGAGAAGGUCACCCCCCGAAGAUGCCCUCCCCAAAAGCAAGAAGGUGAAGGACCCUGGUAACCAGGCAGUGAGGGUCGUUGCCUCCCGCCGCGUUCCAGGCGCCCGCUCCUGCCAAGGUGCCUGCGGGCCGAGCCCUCCUGACCAGAAAGCCCGACCAGUCUCACAUAGGUCCCACAACACAGAACCGGGUUUGGUGCUGACGCUGGGCCAGGGCGACGUGGGCCAGCUGGGGCUGGGCGAGAAUGUGAUGGAGAGGAAGAAGCCAGCCCUGGUGCCCAUUCUAGAGGACAUCGUGCAAGCUGAGGCUGGGGGCAUGCACACUGUGUGUCUAAGCAAAAGUGGCCAGGUCUACUCCUUCGGCUGCAAUGAUGAGGGUGCCCUGGGAAGGGACACAUCAGUGGAGGGCUCAGAGAUGGUCCCUGGGAAAGUGGAACUGCAAGAGAAGGUGGUACAGGUGUCAGCAGGAGACAGUCACACAGCGGCCCUCACCGAGGAUGGCCGUGUCUUCCUUUGGGGCUCCUUCCGGGACAAUAAUGGUGUGAUCGGGCUCUUGGAGCCCAUGAAAAAGAGCAUGGUGCCUGUGCAGGUGCAGCUGAGUACGCCCGUGGUGAAGGUGGCCUCAGGAAACGACCACUUGGUGAUGCUGACAGUUGAUGGCGACCUCUGUACUUUGGGCUGCGGGGAGCAGGGCCAACUGGGCCGCGUGCCUGAAUUAUUUGCUAAUCGUGGUGGCCGGCAGGGCCUCGAACGACUCCUGGUCCCCAAGUGUGUGAUGCUGAAAUCCAGGGGAAGCCGGGGCCAUGUCAGAUUCCAGGAUGCCUUCUGUGGUGCCUACUUCACCUUUGCCAUCUCCUCUGAGGGCCAUGUAUAUGGCUUUGGCCUCUCCAACUACCAUCAGCUAGGAACCCCAGGCACAGAAUCUUGCUUUGUACCUCAGAACCUGACAUCCUUCAAGAACUCCACGAAGUCCUGGGUGGGCUUCUCUGGUGGCCAGCACCAUACAGUCUGCAUGGAUUCAGAAGGAAGAGCAUACAGCCUGGGCCGGGCUGAGUAUGGGCGGCUGGGCCUUGGGGAAGGUGCCGAGGAGAAGAGCGUACCCACCCUCAUCUCCAGGCUGCCCGCCGUCUCCUCGGUGGCUUGUGGGGCCUCUGUGGGAUAUGCUGUGACCAAGGAUGGUCGUGUUUUUGCCUGGGGCAUGGGCACCAACUACCAGCUGGGCACAGGACAGGAAGAGGAUGUCUGGAGCCCCGUGGAGAUGACAGGCAAACAGUUGGAGAACCGUGUGGUCUUAUCUGUGUCCAGCGGGGGCCAGCACACAGUCUUACUAGUCAAGGACAAGGAACAGAGUUGAUGAAGCGUCUGAGGGCCUGGUUUCCGGCCCCCCCACCUCCCUCCUGGAACAAGGAAGCCAUGAUGUCUACAUAUUCCAGCAGGCCUCUUCUAGCUCCAAGUACUCUGUCAUCUCCUGCCUUUUUCCCAUCAGCAGAACAGAAUGCUUCUCUUUUUUUUCCCUCCUUUCCCGGAAUCAUCCUGGGACCUACAGGAUGAGGGUGGGAUAGAUGGAAGAGGGGAGGGGGGUUUAAUCAGAAGGAACAUUGCUGACCCCACAGCUAUGUGGUUAGACCUUUCCCCCUCAUCCCUAUUUCCCAUGGUCCUGGCUGACCCUGGUUUUGCCUAUCAAAAACCAAAACUUCCUCUCCUGCGUGUUUGGUGCCCAUACUCUGAGAAGUCGGGGCUCUGCCAAGCCCUGCUCUAGUCACGUGCCACUCUUCCUGUCCUUCACAACCCACAGACAGACAAAUGGUACCGUCCUGAGACCCAGCUGUCAUGGACCUACGCCUGGGGAAACUGGAGAAGGGGCAGGGCUACCCAGCCAUGGGCAACCCCAAGCCAAAUAUUUGGCCCUGAACAGGUGCCCAUGGGGCAAAAAGAAAAACAGUGAUCCUCCGCUUGAUCAAGAAAAAAGCCAAUCAGCCUUUCUCCCAGAAGCACAAAGCAUUCUGCCCUUCAGGCCUUGUCUGCCCACCCAUCCAACCUGCCUCACCUGCAAGCCAAGGGCCUGAAAUCCAGAAAGGAAGCUAUGCCUGCAGGGCGGGACCUUGGGGAGAGGGGAAGGAGGGCUUUAUAAGCAAACUUACAGCAAUAUUGAGAGUGAAGGGAGGGCAGGGAAGAGGGUUGGAGGGGCAGAGACUGGUCCCCAGAAAGGGAAGCAGUAGCUUGUACAGAGGCUGAAAAAAUAGAAGAGAAUAUUGAUUUUUUUUUUAAUGUAAAGUAUUUUGGAGGGGAGAGUGAAAUCUUUUAACACUUUGAAUAAAUUUAGAGUUUUAUAAAACAGGCCACUUGUUUUCUACAUGCUCCCUGCUUUUUUAAGGGUGCACCUGCUGUGUUGGGAUGGGCAGAAUAACCCCAUGCCUGUAGCCCUGGUGAAGACUAGGGCUUCAGUGAUGUCAAGAGGUCCUGGUGUGUGCCAGUCAGCUGGGGUUUUUUUUUGUUUUUUUGUUUUUUGUAUGGAACAGUGGCUGUUCUAGACAAAUAAAAAAAAGUUGAUUGAU